AUGGUGAUAUGGGGUGGGCUCACCAUGGCUACUGCUGGUGUUCACAAUCCACAGGGAAUCAUGGCCAUCCGUUUCUUCCUCGGUCUAGCCGAGUCCUCUACUUUUGUAGGAACGCACUAUAUUCUGGGCUCUUGGUAUACGGAACGAGAGUUGGGGAAACGCUCCGGUAUCUUCACCGCAUCUGGCCUCGCGGGAACAAUGUUCGGCGGCUUCAUCCAGACUGGUAUCAAUUCAUCCUUGCAUAUGAAGGGUGGUUUGCCAGGCUGGAGAUGGCUCUUCAUAAUUGAUGGGCUUAUCACCAUCCCAAUUGCUGUGUAUGGGUUUUUUCUAUUUCCGGAUACCCCCAGGACGACUCGUGCCCCUUACCUUACUGCUGCAGACAAGGAACUAGCCGUAGCCAGGCUGCCGUCGCCGAGUGAUGAUGAUGCCGAGCACACGAAGAUCAACUUUGCCCUGGCCAAGCGGGUUUUCUCAACCUGGCAUCUGUACGGAUUUGUGAUUCUCUGGGUAAUUGCAGGAGAGACCGAGUCCUUCUCAACGAACUCCCUUCUGGCCCUGUACAUGAAAUCUCAUCCGACCAUCAAGUACACAGUCGCGCAGAACAACAACUACCCGUCCGGCAUCCCUGCCGUUGGCAUCGUCUCGACCCUCAUCUGGGCCACACUCACAGACUUUCUCGGCGGGAAACGGUAUCUUGUGGGCUAUUGGAUCGGCAUCACCGGUGUAGUUACCUCUGCCAUGAUCCUGGCUCCCGGCUCAUCGACAGCCACCAUUUUUGCAGCAUACUACUGGGCUGGCUCGGUCUAUGCAUGCCAGGCCACCUUCUUUGCCUGGGCCAACGACGUGAUGCGGUACAAAGACGAUGCCUGGCGCAGUGUUGUAAUUGCAGGCAUGAACAUGGGCAGUAACGUCAUCAACGCCUGGUGGAGCAUUGUCUUCUAUCCCGCCAGUGAUGCUCCUUAUUUCAGAGUACGUCUUAACAACAUUCCUGCUAGUUUAUUCCCUGGAUAUUUUCGAACUAACCAGAUGCAGUCCGGCAUGUAUGCUAUGAUAGCAUGUUCGAUAGCCAUGGCAAUAUGGACUGGAUUUGUGAUGUAUAUGUCCUGGCGAGAGGGGAAGCAGAUGGUAGACAGUCAGCAGACGGUUGAGAAGCAGGACAGCCAGUGCAAAGAUAGCUGA